UGCACUCAGAUCGCGACAGGUAUCACGCUCGUUUGUUACGGUUUUCGGCCUGUGCCCACUUGAUUAAUUUGUGAUUUUGUGAUUAUGAUUAAUGGGUGACUGUGAUUGUGCGAUGCGAUGUUUGUUUGAUGUUUUUAAAUUAAUGGAAAAUGGCGAGAGAAAUGACACGUGAUGACGAACGAAAGCAGCAGCCUGGAUCAGAUGAGCGUGCCGGUGUCGAGCACGGACGCGUCCGUGUCGAACAACACUGCGCCCGAGCACCCGAACAAGCACAUCGAAAAGCUGGCCCUGGCCGGCCUGCUCAGCAUCGUGAUCGUCAUCGUCAUCGUCGGCAACACCCUGGUCAUACUGGCCGUGAUGACCACCAGAAGGCUGAGGACCGUCACCAACUGUUUCGUCAUGUCGUUGGCGGUCGCCGAUUGGCUGGUGGGCAUUUUCGUCAUGCCGCCCGCGGUGGCCUACAGUUUAAUGGGUGUGUGGGAGCUGGGUUGGAUACUGUGCGACAUCUGGGUCUCCUUGGACGUCCUCCUUUGCACGGCUUCGAUCCUGAGCCUGUGCGCCAUCAGCGUCGACCGCUAUUUGGCCGUAACGCAACCGUUGAGCUAUUCGAGAAAACGGCGCUCCAAACGACUGGCGCUCACCAUGAUUCUCGUCGUUUGGCUCAGCUCCGCUCUCAUAACGUGCCCUCCGAUGUUCGGAUGGUACGAAACUGGCAAACACGACAACAAAGAGUGCAGAUAUAACAGGAACACGGGAUACGUAAUUUUCUCAGCGAUGGGAUCGUUUUUCAUACCCAUGGUGGUUAUGCUGUAUGUAUACGCUAAGAUUUCAUGCGUGGUGGCACAAAGACACGACCAGCUUUCUCACAUUGAAACCCUUCACACCAGAAAAAGCACAAAGCUAUCUAUGAACCACAACAGGGAAGAAUCCGAUGUCGAUCAUCCUUCUUCGGAAUGUGAAGAGCACAACCUUAGAUGCUCCAGGUACUUUUUUCACCAAAUCAGUGCAUGCCAUUCCCCGGACCCUUCGGCCAAAAAGAUCCAACUGGCGGAGCCGCAUCGCUCCAAGACCGCGGUGAGUCACUCCAGAUCUCUCCGCUCGAACUAUUCCUUCAAUCAGAUGGAGCACACGCGCGGGCCCAGCCUCUACCGGUCCUCCCUGCCCAUCCGGUCUCCGAGACCGGAGUCGCUGCACCUGGACGCGUCCAUCCUCAACUUCGAGCCCGCCUCCAGGGUGUCCUCGUUCAGGAGAGAGACAAAAACGGCGCAAACGCUGAGCAUAGUGAUCGGCGGGUUCAUCGCCUGCUGGCUGCCGUUCUUCAUCUUCUAUCUGCUGACGCCGUUCAUCAACUCCAACGAAGUGAACUCGCUGAUAAUGCAGUACCUCACCUGGCUGGGCUGGAUCAAUUCGGCCAUAAAUCCGUUUAUUUACGCCUUCUACAGCCCCGACUUUAGAAUAGCCUUCUGGCGCCUGACUGUCAAACACUUUUCCAAAUCUCGAAGGCCGGACUUUGCCUUCCAACACAAGUAAACGUAACCAUUUCUGUGGCUAAGUUGUAAGUACAUGUUGUUCCAUUUUAAUUUUAAGUUACUCUACGUUCUAGUCAAUUUUGUAUAAAACUGAAUAAUUUUAGGUCAUAUUGUUUAGUUAGAAAUAUAUUUCUUAAUGGGAAAAGCGUUUUAUUUUCACACCUCG